AUUACACAUAAUUGAACAAGUGAAUUUUCGUAUGACGUGUACUGAAAUCACGUGGUGGAUCCACGAUGGCUAAAAUAAUAUUCCUCCAUCCAGAUUUGGGUAUAGGCGGAGCCGAAAGACUUGUACUCGACGCCGCGCUGGCCUUCAAGAAGAAAGGUCACGAUGUAUCAUUCUAUACAAACCACCACGACCCAUCCCACUGCUUUGCAGAAACCAGAGAUGGUACGUUUCCGGUUACUGUAGUCGGAGACUGGAUUCCGCGAUCAAUACUAGGAAAAUUCAAAGCAGCGUGUGCUUAUCUUCGUAUCGUCUACGCGGCGAUAUAUCUAACCUGGUACGUGAUACCUAAACAGAAACCUAAUAUGAUAUUCUGUGAUUUGAUUUCCUUAUGCAUUCCAUUUUUGAAAUUGGGUAAUGGGGACUUCCGAAUCAUAUUCUACUGCCAUCAUCCAGAUAAGCUAUUGACGAAAAAAGGCGGGAUUUUAAAAAAACUUUAUAGGGCGCCAUUAAAUUGGCUAGAAGAAUUUACAACAGCUCAAGCAGAUAAAGUCAUAGUUAACAGUAGAUACACAGCUAAAGUUUACAUGAAAGCUUUCAACAAAAUUAAAGAAAUUCCUGAUAUUUGCUACCCUUCCAUAAACACUGAAUUUUUUGAAAACUCUGCCCAUAAACCACUUGAAGAUAUAAUAUCGAUUGGAAAAGACAAAUUUGUAUUUCUUUCCAUAAACAGAUAUGAACGAAAGAAAAAUUUGGAACUAGCAUUAAAGUCCUUUGAACAUUUGAAACAUAAGCUGGCUCCACAAGACUGGGAUCGCGUUCAUCUAAUUAUGGCUGGUGGAUAUGACCCUAUCAAUUUAGAAAAUAUAGAGCAUUAUAAUGAAUUAACAGGAUUAGCAGCUGAACUUGAUAUUGAAAACAAAGUGACGUUUAUGAAAUCUCCAAAAGAGGUUGAGAAAGUUUCACUUCUCUAUAACUGCAAAGCUUUGGUUUAUACACCAUCUAAUGAGCAUUUCGGCAUAGUUCCUUUAGAAGCAAUGUACUUUAGUAAACCUGUCAUAGCUGUUAAUAGCGGAGGUCCUACAGAAACAAUAGUCAAUAAUAUCACAGGAUUUCUUUGUGAACCAAAAAGUGAUGCUUUUGCCGAGGCUAUGAAAACACUGGUUUUAAACCAAGAACUUGGAGUACGGCUUGGAGAAGCUGGAAGAAAAAGAUUUGAGGCAAAAUUUUCUUUUAAUGCCUUUACUGAACAAUUAAAUAGUAUACUUUUACAGGAAAUACGUAUUACGGAGUCUGUCAAGAUUCAACACAAGAAAAAGCAAUAAAUUCAAUUGUAGUACAUACCAUCUUUUUAAAC